AUGAGAUAUGAAUUUAACUCCACAAGCCCCCUUAAAACAGUCACAUCUCCUCACAGUGGGUGUUUUGCUCCCAUUGGCUUUCCUACCUCCCUGCAGGGGCUGGAGGACUGGGAGGAUGAGAUUGACCUGGAGAACGCCAUCCUCUUCGAGGUGGCCUGGGAGGUGGCCAACAAGGGUGAGCUAGAUCUGCCCGUGGCCACCAUCUUCACCACCCACGCCACCCUGCUGGGGCGCUACCUGUGCGCGGGCAGCGUCGACUUCUACAACAACCUGCACAACGUGAGUGAGGGCACGGCCCCUGCCAGAGCCGGGAGAGCCCUGGAAACUUGGCUCCCCAACCUCCUCCCGGCUCUAACCACUAGACCCCACUCCCUGCACAGAGCCCGGGGAGAACCCAGGAGUGCUGGGGGGCUGGGCAUUCAGCGCUUUCUCUCCCCCAGGAAUCUGGACUUCAACCUGGACAAGACCCUGUUCUUCUUCAUCGCCGGUCGUUACGAGUUCUCCAACAAGGGAGCCGACAUCUUCCUGGAGGCGCUGGCCCGGCUCAAUUACCUGCUCCGGGUGAAUGGCAGCCAAGUGACCAUCGUGGCCUUCUUUAUCAUGCCGGCUCGGACCAACAACUUCAACGUGGAGACCCUCAAGGGGCAGGCCGUGCGCAAGCAGCUCUGUCCCAUACUGAAUGCUUGGCCUCUUCUCCUGGCCCCUGAACUCCCCCCACUCCGUGAAUGCUUUAAAAAACCCCACAGCAAACCCUCAUUAUCCUUCACUCUGCUGGCUCUAGAUUUCGCUUCGUGUCCUUUCGCUUCCCUUAUCAAUUUUCUACAAUCCCUCCUUUUUGAGAAGUGUCACCUUUCUGUUGCUCCCACUUGUUUUAUAGUCUCUUUGGUUGUAGAGUUACCAUUAUUUCUCCUCCUCCUCUGCCCCACAGGGAUCUACAUCUUGGACCGGCGGUUCCGGGCGCUGGACGACUCCUGCACCCAGCUGACGUCCUUCCUGUACAGCUGCUGGCAGCAGAGCCGGCGGCAGCGCAUCAUCCAGCGCAACCGGACUGAGCGCCUCUCCGACCUGCUGGACUGGAAGUACCUGGGCCGGCCCCCACCACAGCGAGACGGAGGACGACGACGAGCGGUACGACGAAGAGGAGGAGGCGGAGAAGGACCGGCAGAACAUCAAGCCCCCGGCCACCAUGGGCUCCAUCCCGGAGUGGCGCAAACCCAAGAAAGGCUCCAGCGAGGCCAGCACCUCGUCCAAUGCGUCGUGCCGCCCUCCCCCUCCAUCUCCCGCCACUCCAGCCCCCACCACAGCGAGACGGAGGACGACGACGAGCGGUACGACGAAGAGGAGGAGGCGGAGAAGGACCGGCAGAACAUCAAGCCCCCGGCCACCAUGGGCUCCAUCCCGGAGUGGCGCAAACCCAAGAAAGGCUCCAGCGAGGCCAGCACCUCGUCCAAUGCGUCCAAUGCCUCCACCCCCACCCUGCCCUCCAGCCCCAGCGACCUCAGCAGCCCCACCAGCUCCAUCAUCGAGGAGAGGAACUAGUGGGAUUCUAGACUGGUCUAGAAAGAGGGGGUAAAACCAAGGGGUUCUAGGUGGGUCUAGCACUGGGGCACCCCUCCCAGGCACAACGGUUACAAACACCCCCUCCACUCCCCUGCUUCCGGCGCUUCCCCUAGAACCCAUCUCGCCCUUUGCAGGGUUCUAGAUCAUUGGUUCUAGGUUAUCCAAAACAAGAGGCAACCCUCAUGUGAAAAGGACCUAAGUAUCCCCCUCCCACCUUCCAUCACCCGCUUCUGGCUCUCCCUCGGGAGCCCCCAAAUGAUGGGGUGUUUGUGUUCUAGAUCAGUGGGGGAGCUUUCUAGAGUUUGCUGUCCGAGUACACUCUGGUCUUCUCCUCCAAACUAUCUAGAAUGCCCUCCGGGUUGCCUGCAGCAUUCUGGAUCCUUCUAGUCUUUGCAGCUGCCACCCUUUGGGUGGGGCCUCUAGCAGGGUGGGUGCUAGGAGCGUGCUCAGCUGUUGUCUAGAAAGAAGGCCGCUCAGGAACAGGACCUGACUCCCACGUCGUGGGGUUGGUCUGGAUCCUGCAAGAAGGCCUCUCCCUCAGGCAGGCAGGGCAGCCUGGGGCUUUCACGUUGGGAGAGCUGGAUUGUUUCAGACUGUGUGUGAAAAUGGGGGCCCUGUGGGGCCUACAGGGAACGGUCGAAAGAAGAUGUGCAAAUUCUGCGGGACUUUGCGGAUCUUCUUCCAAUCGCACGUUCGAAAGCAGAGCUUUCCAAAGUGAAAGUAAUUAAGAAGCGGCUUUUUCAGCAACCCCCUCCCGUCGUUGUUGAAAAGCGGCGUCAACCUCCUUUUUUGAGGAAGGGGGAGGUUAGCUGGAAAAAACGUGUCUUAAUGACUUUCACUUUCACUUUCCGCGCAGUCUAGAUCAGCCCGUGAUGUCUAGAGGGGGGGGGUCCAUCAGCAAUGUAGGGUACCCUGGCAUGGUUCUUGGGUGACAGAUGAGGCUCUGGAGUAGCGUUUGAUUGGAUUGUCCCAGAGCAAUGUGCUGAAAUAGGAGGGUUCUGGAGCUGUUUAAGAGGGACAGUCCAGAAUUGGGACCUCCAGGGGAGUGCUGUGAAGUCUAGACUGUUCUGGAUUCCUCUAAAACUCAGUGCAAUACAGGGAUGUGUGUUGGAGCCAUAUGUACAGGUUGACGUUGUGUCCUAGAUCAGUCCAGAAGGGUCAUGAGAUGUCAGGUGGUGGUGUGUGCUCUGGAAAAGGUGUCUCGAAUGGCAUCUCCGGGAACAGAGAGUGCCAGUGGGUGCUGCGAACGAACGGAGGGGGGCUGGUUCCUGAGCUCCAGAAGGCAGGUCAAGCUAGAUCAUUCUAGAACGGUGCGGGCUGGAAAGCCCAGGCCUUCUAGAUGCAUGGUGCAGCACGACUGAGAGCAGCAUGGCUGCGAAAGGGGGUUUCUGGAUCAUAUUGGAGCUCGCUCCCGAGCCGGGUGUGUAGGGUGGAACGAGGCCUAUGGGGCUGCAGUUCUAGAUCAUUCUCAGAGGGUCAGUGUGGCUGCUAGUGCCCCCAUCUGCCUGGAACAUGGAUCUAGAGCACACACUCUAGGUUAUUUUGAGUCACUUGCCAUUUUUGAGCUGACAGCGUUAGCUCAUUCUCAAGGCUCAGGGUUGAGUCGGAGUUCUAGAUCAUCCCCACUGCUCUAGAACCCGGCUGGCUCCGGGAUGGAGUCUGGGCAGCAGGAAGGCUUCUGGAUGCAGCGUGGGGGUUGCAGUCUGGUUCCCUGCCCUCUAGUGCCAGACCAGCUGACAACCCAGCCCGGCUGCAUGAGCUCUUGUCUAGAACCCA